AAAACAGUUUUUGAGGCGGGAGGUUAGGUAAUCGAAGCCAUCCUUCAGGAUAUCGAGGCUUUUGCUAGUGAACCCUGUUUUGCGCCGACUUUCCGGCGUCCAGCUGUGUGUGUGUCUCUUGCUGGGAACUCUUUUCUUGACAGUGGCCGGUUCUGCAUUUUAGCUCGCUUGCCUUCAUCCAGGUUUUCGCGUGCUGUCCGGCAACUUCGAGCUCUCGGUUCUGCGUUUCGCCUCUCCUUUUGCCUGCACGUCAACGCGGUGAACGAGGGACUUGGUAAGUUCUUCGCGUGUUGCUUCAGGUUUGAGGGCAUACUGUUUUUUCCGGUGGACGGCUUCUUUCCGUUGCAUUUUUGGCUGUUCUCUCCCCGUGGUACGGCUCCUGAAUGCGCAGAAUGAGCCUGAAAAAGAAGCUUCAGCUGGCACGUGGACAGCUGCCUAGUUUUCGUCUGUCAAGAAACACUGGUUAGGAGGGCGGCCUUCGGAGAACGAAGUCCUCAACUUCCUCGUGCUUACAACAAACGUUCUACCGUCCUUUUGCCAGCACCAAUUGGGGCGUGUCUUGCUAGCGUCCACACGUCUGGCGCUUCGUCUUUGUUCGCCUAAGCAGAUUUGUCGCUUCUUCGCGAGGGGGCCCGGCGGGUCCGCUUUGGAUGCUUUGUUUCUUAAAACCUAUUUUCCUACACUUCGUUGAUGGCGACACACCACCAUAAGACCCUCCAUCCAGAACGACAGGGGCAGAAUUCUGCCAAGCGGCUAUUUGCGUGGACCGAGCACGACGAUCCUUUUGUUCCUCUUCACCAUGGCGAUGUGAGCUGUCCGCCCGCCUCCGGUUCCGCUUCCCACGCCAGCCGCUGCCGGGAGGCUUCCACGCGAGAACUCUCAGCUGCAGUUGAUCCAGACAUAUUGAAACGACGACGACUGCUGGGACCGGACGUUCACUCGCGGUUGGUUUCCGAGGAAUAUGAGGGUAAAGCGGUCGAUGUUGCCGGGGGUAGUCGGCUGACUACCUCCGCGUCGACUGGACUGGUUCCCGUGUCGUCUCACGUUCCAUCUGGCGCAGUAGCCAGUCCGAACCACGGACCCAUUCCAGACGAGUCGGAAGAGCUGAGCAGAACCUCGAGCGUUUCUUCUGUCGAGGUGGACAUGAUGGACGCCGGCGGAGGAUCUCCUCCGAGACAACUCGCACCGACCCUGGCGUCGCGUGCAUGUCUCGCCUACGCGAGCAGAAGGAAUGGAGCGAAGGAGCCCGUCUCAGAGAGGCGAUCUGCAGACACUUCGCUCGCACCUCGAGAUGAGAAGAAAAACGAAAACUGCUACGCGAUCAUGCCGUUUCUAUCCGAAACCGCGGCCCAAAUUCCCCGGCCUCUAGGGGAAGGCGACCUCUCGUUGGAGGCCCUUCUCCAGGGAACCUGUGUCAGUGACCGAACACGGCCACUGUCGGAGAUGAUAAGAGAUCCGGAAGUCGCGAGGCUUCUCAGAGACCAGCCCGCAGACCCGCUGGAAAGUCUCGAGAGAAACAGUGAGGGGUUUCUGCUCACGGAGGUCCUACGGAAGAAGCGGGAGCAGCGGCUAAAGAAAGCGUUGCAGAACACCGGGCGGAUGGCCGAAAGGGGUGUCAGCUUGAGGGCGCUCUACGACUUGUGCGAAAGUGACGAGGAAACCAGGCACGAGCGGCGUGGAGCCGAUGGGAGGCUUUCUCCAUCUCCACUCCUCGGUAAAGACACAGAGGACGCUUCCAUGGACUGAAAAGGAGGCGCUGUCCGCGACCCAGCGAGAGAACUGUCGGCUGGAGAAACGGUUUUUCCGCAUGCUUAUGUGUAUUUGCAGGUGGCCGGUGUCCCCGCAGAGCUGUCGAAAAGAGGCCGGGGGAGGGGGAAACGGUGGACAGGAAGGGAACUCUCUGGAGGCGUAGAACCGGCGAAUCAAACAACUUGACGAUGGGCAAAACCCUGAGCUUUGGCGUGGCUGUAGAAUAUUAAGAGCGCAACGGUGUCGCGGUGAUGUCGUAGGGACUGGUGUAGACCCGGAAAAAGCGUUCGCGAGUGCCACACUGACGAAGAAACAAUCUCGGAAUGAUGGCCAGUAAAACAAGAAAAGAUAUGAACAGUGGCCGCCUAAAUCUAAGCUUGGCAAUGGAUACUCUAAGGAUGAUCGCGUCCGAAUGCUGCCAUCGUGUUAAGUCUGGCUCGUACAGCGCUUUUUCGUUGUGUAAUGUUCAAGAAACAAUUUCUUCGUGGAAUGCAUGCCCUGCACAGGGGCAAGGUGCUCUCACAACUGAAUUCCUCCUUACUACUUUCACAUCCUUCCUGACACUGGGUAGUAUGCAUUUCGACGGCUGUUUUUUUCAGGUAGUGCGCGAAAGUACGAAUGCUCUGCCUGGAGUACUUCGGUGAUUCUAUAAGGUGUAUAUGCUGUUAUCUAUUGGCGGGAGCUUUCAUACGUUCUCUUCUGUGCCCGUUUUUUCCCUCCCUGUCUUCGUUAUGAGCUGUACCUCAAAAGAACAGUUUUCUCUGGUGCUUCAUCUAGACACAGCAACGAACCAAAGUACCCUCGUACAUUGAAGCCUACUUUGGAAGGUA